CGGUGCGGCUGUAAAGUGAAGGAAGAGAAGUUCGUGUUUGGUUAUAACUUUGUAAUAACAGAUUAGUGAAUAUGGACGUUGGGGAACCUACGAUGGAAAAUGCUGGUCAAAUGGUGAAGGAUGAACUAGCCGAGAAGUGUCAGAAGUUAUUCCAGGCAUUUCUGGAAGAGUUCCACAAUAGUGAUGGUGAGCUGAAGUAUUUGCGAGAUGCAGAAGAACUGAUUCGACCAGAGCGUAACACACUGCUGGUGAGCUUUACUGACUUGGAGGGGUUUAACCAAGAACUGGCAACUACCAUUCAGGAGGAGUUCUACAGAAUCUAUCCAUAUCUGUGUCGAGCUGUCCGCAACUUUGCCAAGGAUCAUGGGAAUGUUCCAGUAGCCAAGGAAUUUUACGUGGCCAUUCAGGACCUGCCAACCAGGCACAAGAUCCGAGAGCUCACCACGCUGCGCAUCGGCUCUCUGGUACGUAUCAGUGGUCAGGUGGUACGCACCCACCCAGUGCACCCAGAGCUGGUGAGUGGAACCUUCCUGUGUCUUGACUGCCAGAGUCUCAUCAAAGAUGUGGAGCAGCAGUUUAAAUACACACAGCCGAGCAUCUGUCGUAAUCCAGUGUGCAACAAUCGCCGCCGCUUCCUGCUAGACACCAACAAGUCCAAGUUCAUCGACUUCCAGAAGGUGCGGAUUCAGGAGACACAGGCCGAGUUGCCACGUGGUUCCAUUCCCCGGAGUAUGGAGAUAAUCCUGCGGGCGGAGGCAGUGGAGUCAGCACAGGCUGGUGAUAAGUGUGACUUCAUUGGCUGCCUUAUUGUUGUGCCUGACGUAUCCCAGCUUGCAACACCAGGUGUUCGUGCAGAGACCAGUUCUCGUACAGCCGGAGCUCAGGGCUAUGAGAAUGAGGGUCUACGCGGCCUCAAAGCUCUCGGAGUUCGGGAGCUCUCUUACAAACUGGCUUUCCUGGCCUGUCAUGUGGCACCCACCAAUCCCAGGUUUGGCGGUAAGGAGAUCCGGGAUGAGGAGCAGACCGCCGAGAGCAUUAAGAACCAGAUGUCGGUAAAGGAGUGGGAUAAAGUGUUUGAGAUGAGCCAGGACAAGAACCUGUACCACAAUCUGUGCACCAGCCUCUUCCCCACCAUCCAUGGUAAUGACGAAGUAAAGAGAGGCAUUCUGCUUAUGCUGUUCGGAGGAGUCCCCAAGACCACCAUGGAGGGAACUUCUCUGAGAGGAGACAUCAAUGUGUGUAUUGUGGGAGAUCCCAGCACAGCCAAGAGCCAGUUCCUCAAGCAUGUGGAAGAGUUCAGUCCACGUGCAAUCUACACCAGCGGAAAAGCAUCCAGUGCGGCUGGUCUCACCGCUGCUGUGGUCAGGGAUGAAGAGUCACAUGAGUUUGUCAUCGAGGCCGGAGCGUUGAUGUUGGCCGACAACGGAGUAUGCUGUAUUGAUGAAUUUGACAAAAUGGAAACGAGGGAUCAGGUGGCCAUUCAUGAAGCUAUGGAACAGCAGACCAUUUCCAUCACAAAAGCAGGAGUCAAGGCCACACUGAAUGCUCGUACAUCAAUCUUGGCUGCAGCAAACCCCACCGGAGGCCGCUACGACCGUUCCAGAUCACUGAAGCAGAAUGUAAACCUGACAGCACCCAUCAUGUCUCGCUUUGACCUCUUCUUCAUUCUGGUUGACGACUGCAAUGAGGUGACUGACUAUGCCAUAGCUAGACGUAUAGUUGACUUGCACUCAAGGAUUGAGAGCUCCAUCGAUCGUCUGUACACCCUGGAUGAGAUUCGUAGAUACCUUCUGUUCGCCCGUCAGUUCAAACCAAAGAUCUCCAAGGAGUCUGAGGACUUCAUUGUGGAGCAGUAUAAGCGUCUGAGACAGAGAGAUGGAUCUGGCGUCACAAAGUCAGCCUGGAGGAUCACCGUGCGCCAGCUGGAGAGUCUGAUUCGCCUAUCUGAAAGCAUGGCCCGGAUGCACUGUUGUGAUGAGGUACAACCCAAACACGUUAAAGAAGCUUUCAGGCUGCUGAACAAAUCAAUAAUUCGAGUGGAAACACCUGACAUUAACCUGGACCAAGAGGAGGAAGAGGAAGCCAUGGAAGAAGCAGAGGGCAAUCAGAUAAACGGUCGUGACGUACCCAAUGGCCAUGCGGAAGCCCCUGUAAAUGGACAUGAGAAUGGUCACGACCACACUAACGGGGUUAAUGGGGACAGCCACAAAGGGAAGCCGUCACUGAGACUGUCAUUCGCGGAGUACAAGCGCAUCUCCAACCUCAUAGUGCUGCACCUGCGGCAUGCUGAAGAAGAUGAGGAUGAAGCAGCCCUGAAGAAGAGUGCUGUAAUAAACUGGUACCUGAAGGAGAUUGAAUCUGAGAUUGAAUCUGAGCUGGAGCUUAUCAGUAAGAAGGCUAUGAUUGAGAAGGUCAUCCACAGACUGGUGCAUUAUGACUUCAUUCUGAUUGAGCUGUCUCAGUCUGGUCUGAAGGGUACCACUGAGUCCUCUGGAACUGAAGCACAGGAAGAAGAUAUUACACUGGUGGUGAACCCCAAUUACACACUGGAGGACUAAACCUUUAGUAUCUGGGAUAGUUGCAAAAGCAUAGAUGUUGGUUCCAUCCUUUAGCUUUUGAUUUAAAAUGAAAUGUCAUCUUCCAGAAGCUGUGCUGUUUGAACAUCCUGCAUGUGGACAUUAUGGAAGAUUAUAUUUUAAAAAAGGAUUUGUGCAAAACAGUUUUGUAAAUAUGUUUUUAAUUAUGAUUUUCUACUGUCUUUAGGAUAAUAUUGUUAGGGUUUUUUUAAACAAGUUUUAUGUUUUAAUUAUAGUUUUUUAACAGUGUUAAAAAAGCAGGAAUCUGUAUGGAAUCUUAUUGUUCGUAUUUUGUUUAAAAAACAAUUGACUAUGCUCAUGUAAAAAUGUCUUGCACGUCAGAUAUUUGCCACCAAAAACUGUAAAAUAAUAAUAAAAAAAAUCUGUUGUAG